AUGUCGAACCUCGCGACCGUCGAGUCCUUCGUGGAAGGCGCCCCUCCCGGCGAGCUGGCAGAUGUGAUCGCCGACAUCAAGUCCCUGACGGUGUCGGACCCGGGCCUGGUGUCGAAGCUGGCGCCGGCGUUCGAGAAGUACAACGAGGAGCAGUUCGCGACGGUCAAGCUGCCCGGCGGCAGUCAGCCCGUCAUCAUCAGCUCGCACAGCGCGCUGGGCGGCGGCCGGUACUACGACGUCGAGAGCUCGAGCUCGUUCGACUUUGACCACACGACGCAGAAGGCCAGCGGCGUGCAGAGCCACGCCCUCGAGGGCGCACAGGCCGACCUGGUGAAAUCUACACUCAAGAGCCUGUCUACAUACGUCAAGGAGCACUACCCGAAUGCCGCGUAUGGCGCCUAUCCGAUCGAGAACGACUCCAAGGUGGCCGUCAUAAUCGUGUCCAACAAGUACAGCCCCAACAACUUCUGGAACGGACGAUGGCGGUCUCUCUACAUCUUCGACCCGGCGUCGGGCAGCCUGGAGGGCAGCAUCAAGGUGGACGUGCACUACUACGAGGACGGCAACGUGCGGCUCCUGACCAACAAGGCCGUCUCGGCCUCGGUCUCGUCGGGCUCGGGCGCCGGCAUCGCCAAGGAGAUCGGGGCGGGCGAGAGGAAGUACCAGGAGGAGCUGAACCGGGGCUUCACGAGCCUGAGCGAGGGCGCAUUCAAGGGGCUCCGGCGACAGCUGCCCGUGACGAGACAGAAGAUCGAGUGGGACAAGGUGGCCAGCUACCGGGUGGGGCAGGACAUUGGUGGCGGCAGCUCGAGGAGAUAG